GAUUAUGUGUUUCAUCAAUUCGGUUAUUUUUAAAUGAUGAACUUGUAAUCCUUAUUGUUAUGUUCUUGGGGAUGUAGAAAAUCUAAAUCCUCAUGAUUUCUCAGACGUAGGUAGUUCUUAAAUUCCUGUAACAUUAAUGUUAGUCUCACAAAAUGGGUUGUGUGUGUUGUUCUCUCAGUUCAUUCGUUUCAAUCGUCUUAGAUGCUUUAGAAAGAAUCUCUCUAUGCACAGUAUGUGCCAUGUUAACUUGUUGUCUUCUGUUCACAAUCAUAACUGUAAUGGUCAUGGGAAUCGGUAUCGGGUACCAUUACUGUUUUGUAUCCAAUUCUGUGGAAGCUAUGGCAAAGGCUGCCAAGGCAGCUGGCGCUUUGCGGUCGGGCCCAGAAAGAACACCGGGCCAUGUGAUGCGAUCCGUAGACAAGGCCAUCAAGCGAGGGUUCGCUCACCGCCUGUCUCGCCGCGACAUUGAUGGCCCCACCCCUCAAAAUAACACCAACGAAGGUCUCCUCCAAGAAAUUGCCAUCACAAAUCGAACAAACCUUACGAAUUUCAUAUCAGAUCGAACAAAUUUUACGAAUUUCAUAUCAAAAUGACAGUUGUAUGCAUUGGGAUAUAAAUUAAACAUGUUGUAAAAAUGCUUAAGUUUUAUUGAUGUG